AUGGCUGGACCCAGACCAGUGGUGCUGAGCGGACCCUCGGGGGCUGGGAAGAGCACACUGCUGAAGAGGCUGCUGAAUGAUUAUGAAGGCGUAUUCGGCUUCUCCGUCUCCCGUCCCAUGCCCCCCCCCCCUCCCCCCCCUUCUUCUAAUACAGAUUACCACUUUGUCUCCCGGGAGGAGAUGGAGCAGGGAAUCCGUAACGGGGAGUUCAUAGAGAACGCCGUCUUCUCCGGGAACAUGUAUGGGACCAGCAAAGCAGCAGUCCAGGCUGUGCAAGCCAAGAACCAGAUCUGUAUACUGGACAUCGACAUGCAGGGCGUGAAGAACAUUAAGAAGACCGACCUGAACCCCAUCUACAUCUCCAUUCAGCCCCCCUCUAUCGAGAUCCUGAAUCUGUACGAUAUCCAGACACUCCAAAAUUUUGUGGAAAGCCUUUCUAAAAGAGUGGAGGCUGUCCUAGCCGGAGGUCAACUUUGUAAAGAGCCUGGUCUGUUUGAUUCCGUCAUUAUAAACGAUGAUUUAAAAGAAGCUUAUGGACAACUUCAAGGUGCCCUCUCAGAGGUGAGUGUACAGCAUGAUGCGGGUUGUAAGCAUGAUCUACUCUUUGUGUCCAAUGUUGGCCUGUCCUCAGUCUUUUUGUAA